AUGCAAAUGGUGGAAGGAGAACCAUCGAGUAGCCGGUAUAUUGUCGCGCAUGCCAAAGUUGAAGACAGUGCUAACAGAUUAAAAAUUGAAAAUUCAACAACGUAUUGCAGAAUAGAAGGGAUAACAGAGCAGGGGGCUGUAGGGGAGCAUGUUGGUGAAGAUGUGGGAAAUCAAAACGCUGCAUUUGAAGGUAUUAAUGAUAUAGAUGUAGGUAGCAUGGAGUUUGAAAGUACUGAAGAGGCAGAAUCAUUCUAUAUGAUGUACGCAAGAGCAAUCGAUUUUGGGGUGCGAAAAAGCCCUGAAAGUGUGAGUUUCAUGAGGUCUCAUAGAAAGGUUGGGAAGUCGGACCUACAGGAGGCAGUAGUUAUGCAACAAAUAGGCAUAAGAACAAGUCACAUUAUGAGACUACUAGCUGUACAGGCUGGAGGAUACCACAACUUGGGAUUCCAUGUAACUGUUAUGUACAAUGCGCUAAAUCGGCAGAGACAGCUAGCAGUUGGUCAUGGGGACAGCGAUUCGGCAAUUGCAUUCUUGUCAGUAGAUGGCCAUGGCCGUCUCAAUCGUCUGCUUUGGGCUGAUUCAGUGUGUAGAGAUGACUAUGGAUGUUUUGGUGAUGUGCUAGUGUUCGACAGCACGUAUAAUACGAACCAGUACAAAUUUCCAUUGGUUGUGCUGUGUGGGGUUAACAAUUACUACUCCAUAUGUAUUUUUGCCUGUGCUUUGAUCGUUCGUGAAGGAGAUGAGGGAUACGAUUGGGUUAUAAGUACAUUCUUAGAAACAAUGCAUGGGAGCAAACCGCUAACAGUUGUGACUGAUGGGGACAAGUCAAUGCGAAAGUGCAUUAAAAAUUUAAUACUGACAGCUAAGCAUAGACUUUGCAGCUUCCAUUUGGAAAUGAAUACAGCCACAAAUGUAAGGGAGAAAGAGUUUCUGGAGGCAUUCAAGACCUGCAUGUUUAUGAAUUGUACAGUAGACAAGUUUGAAAUGAUGUGGGCAGAGGUUGUGAGAUGUUUUGGGAUUGAAGAUAACGAAUGGGUUAACAAGAUGUACCGGAAGAGGGAGAUGUGGGCUAUGGCUUUCCUCAGAGGCAACUUUUUUGGCGGAGUGUGGAGCACCCAACGGUGUGAGAGAAAGCAUCAAGUUUUAAAAUUACAUCUCACCCCAAAAUUGAAGUUUUUUGAGUGCCUUCAAACAUAUGACUUGGUCGUGAACCGUUUGCGACAUGAGGAGAGGCGUCAAAGGGCUGUGACAGAGUACAGUACCCUUGUGCUAGAGACACAUUUACAUGCGGUGAAAAAACAUGUUGGUGAAGUAUUUACGAGGUCCACAUUUGUUGUGGUACGGAAGGAAAUGAAGAAGCAGAGGCUAUUUUGUAGGAUUAAUGACACAGAUGAUGGAAUCACCGUUGUCCACUUCAUGAAGCAUCUGUACAAUUACUCGUAUUAUACUGUGGCCUAUAACAGGUCCACGGGACAUAUGAAGUGCUCCUGCCUGAAAAUAGAAACACAUGGACUGCCUUGUUGUCACAUGUUUCGUGCAAUGUUAUUUGAGAAACUGAAAAGGAUCCCUCCAAACUGCAUCAUGAAGAGGUGGACUUGGCAGGCAAAGGAAGGGGUAAUAAGUAAUGAGGCGGCCUAA